CCGCGAUCGAAUUCCAUCCGUCCCCAUCCUGCAGUCGCUAGGGUUAGAGUUUCUUCUGUAUUUCAGCUGUUUCGGUGCGUUCGUGCGCGGGGGCUCGGCUUCGAGAAAUUCCGAUGUACUUGUACAGCCUGACGCUGCAGCGGGCGACAGGCGUGGUGUGCGCCACGAUCGGGAGCUUCGUGGGCGGCGGGAAGAGCCAGGAGAUCGUGGUGGGGCGGGGGAAGACGCUGGACCUCCUCCGCCCGGACGAGAACGGGAAGAUCCAGACGCUGCACUCGGUGGAAGUGUUCGGCGCCAUCCGGUCCCUCGCCCAGUUCCGCCUCACCGGCUCCCAAAAGGACUACGUGGUGGUCGGCUCCGACUCGGGCCGCAUCGUCAUCCUCGAGUACAGCAGGGAGCGCAACUGCUUCGACAAGGUCCACCAGGAGACCUUUGGCAAGUCCGGAUGCCGCCGCAUCGUCCCGGGCCAGUACCUGGCUGUCGACCCCAAGGGCCGCGCCGUCAUGAUCGCAGCCUGCGAGAAGCAGAAGCUCGUCUACGUCCUCAACCGCGACACCGCCGCACGCCUCACCAUUUCCUCCCCCCUCGAGGCCCACAAGUCCCACACCGUCACCUACUCUGUUGUCGGCGUCGACUGCGGCUUCGACAACCCCGUCUUCGCAGCUAUCGAGCUCGACUACUCCGAGGCCGACCGCGACGCCUCUGGCCAAGCCGCCGCGGAGGCCCAGAAGCACCUCACGUUCUACGAGCUCGACCUCGGCCUCAACCAUGUUUCCCGCAAGUGGUCCGAGCCGGUGGACAACGGCGCCAACCUCCUCGUCACUGUCCCGGGCGGCGGCGACGGGCCCAGCGGUGUCCUCGUCUGUGCUGAGAAUUUCAUCAUCUUCAGGAACCAGGGCCACCCCGAGGUACGCGCUGUUAUCCCCCGCCGUGCUGACCUCCCUGCUGAGCGGGGCGUCCUCAUCGUCUCUGCUGCCACCCACCGUCAGAAGUCCAUGUUCUUCUUCCUCCUCCAGACUGAGUAUGGUGACAUCUUUAAGGUCACCCUUGAGCAUGAGGGCGACCGUGUGUCCGAGCUCAAGAUCAAGUACUUUGACACUGUGCCUGUCACCUCUGCAAUCUGCGUCCUUAGGGCUGGAUUCCUCUUUGCGGCCUCCGAGUUUGGGAAUCAUAUGCUUUACCAGUUCAAGGCCAUCGGGGAUGGCGAAGACGUGGAGUCGUCCUCGGCAACGCUGAUGGAAACCGAGGAGGGCUUCCAGCCGGUCUUCUUCCAGCCGCGGCCGCUGAGGAACCUCCUCAAGAUAGAGCACAUGGAGAGCCUCAUGCCCAUCAUGGACAUGAGGGUCGUGAACCUCUUUGAGGAGGAGACGCCCCAGAUAUUCACUCUCUGCGGCAGGGGUCCCCGUUCUUCUCUGCGCAUUCUGAGGCCCGGUCUUGCAGUUAGCGAGAUGGCCGUCUCACAGCUGCCCGGUAUUCCCAACGCGGUGUGGACAGUAAAGAAGAAUGUGAAUGACGAGUUUGAUGCUUACAUUGUUGUGUCCUUUGCAAAUGCGACGCUUGUCCUCUCCAUUGGUGAGACGGUCGAGGAGGUCAGCAACAGCAAGUUCCUUGACACCACUCCUUCCCUGGCUGUCUCUUUGCUGGGAGAUGACUCUUUGAUGCAGGUCCAUCCAAGUGGCAUCAGGCACAUCCGGGAGGAUGGCCGUGUUAAUGAGUGGAAGACGCCUGGGAAGAAGACUAUCGUCAAGGUUGGCUUGAACAGACUCCAAGUGGUGAUCGCCCUCAGCGGUGGGGAGCUUAUAUACUUUGAGAUGGAUAUGACCGGCCAGCUGAUGGAAGUGGAUAAGCAUGAGAUGCCUGGCGAUGUUGCUUGCUUGGAUAUAGCACCAGUUCCUGAAGGGAGGCAGAGGUCCCGGUUCCUUGCUGUCGGUUCGUACGACAACACCAUUAGGAUUCUCUCCUUGGACCCCGAUGACUGCAUGCACGUCCUGAGCGUCCAGAGUGUUUCCUCUCCUCCCGAGUCGCUUCUGUUGCUUGAAGUGCGGGCCUCUACCGGAGGAGAUGAUGGUGCAGCUCAUCCAGGCAGCGUCUUUCUCAAUGCUGGGCUGCAAAAUGGUGUACUUUUCCGAACUGUGGUUGAUAUGGUUACUGGUCAGCUCUCAGAUCCUAGAUCUCGAUUCUUAGGUCUGAGAGCUCCCAAACUGUUCUCCACCGUAGUAAGGGGCAGACAAGCAAUGCUUUGCCUGUCUAGUCGGCCCUGGCUCGGCUACAUACAUCAAGGGCAUUUCUUGUUAACUCCCCUUUCCUAUGAAACGCUUGAAUAUGCUGCAUCGUUUUCCUCCGAUCAGUGUGCCGAAGGUGUUGUCGCAGUAGCUGGAGAUGCAUUAAGGGUCUUCACAAUUGAGCGGUUGGGUGAGACGUUCAACGAGACCGUCAUUCCUCUUCGAUACACUCCGCGAAAGUUUGUACUAUUGACCAAGCGAAAGUAUUUGGCUAUUAUUGAAAGCGACCAAGGUGCAUUCACUGCGGACGAGCGAGAAACUGCCAGGAAAGAGUGCUUGGCGGCUGCACGGAUGAAUGAAAAUGGAAACACAAACAAUCGGGACCAAAAGGAGAAUGGUGCACGUGCAGAUAAUGAGGAGGAGGCGGAGGAGGAGGAUCCUUUUCCUGAUGAGCAGUAUGGUUAUCCCAAGGCAGAGUCAGACAAGUGGGUGUCUUGCAUCAGAAUUCUUGAUCCCAGAAUUGGGAAUACAACCUGUUUGCUGGAGCUUCAGGAAAAUGAAGCUGCCUUCAGCAUUUGUACUGUGAACUUCCAUGAUAAGGAGUAUGGGACUCUCUUGGCUGUUGGUACAGCCAAGGGAUUGAACUUUUGGCCUAAGAGGUGUCUCACCUCCGGAUUUAUUCACAUAUAUAAGUUUGUUGAAGAAGGGAAAUCUCUUGAGCUUGUGCAUAAGACACAAGUAGAGGAAGUUCCUCUUGCACUAUGCCAGUUUCAGGGAAGGUUACUUGCAGGUAUCGGGCCAGUCCUUCGAUUAUAUGACUUAGGGAAGAGGAAAUUGCUAAGGAAGUGUGAAAAUAAGCUCUUCCCAAGGACAAUAGUCUCUAUUCAUACCUACCGGGAUAGGAUAUACAUUGGUGACAUCCAAGAGUCUUUCCAUUACUGCAAGUAUAGACGGGAUGAGAACCAACUGUAUAUAUUUGCGGAUGAUUCUGUUCCUAGAUGGCUGACAGCAUCGCAUCACAUAGACUUCGACACCAUGGCAGGAGCAGACAAAUUUGGGAACGUGUAUUUUGUGCGACUGCCGCAGGAUGUGUCAGACGAGAUUGAAGAAGAUCCAACUGGGGGCAAGAUAAAAUGGGAGCAAGGGAAGUUGAAUGGCGCUCCCAACAAAGUUGAGGAGAUUGUGCAGUUCCAUGUAGGUGAUGUUGUCACGUGCUUGCAGAAGGCCUCGCUGAUACCAGGAGGGGGUGAUUGCAUCAUAUUUGGAACUGUCAUGGGUAGCCUGGGGGCGUUGCUUGCUUUCACCUCUCGUGAAGAUGUUGAUUUCUUCUCUCACUUGGAGAUGCACAUGAGGCAGGAACAUCCACCUUUGUGUGGAAGGGAUCACAUGGCCUUCAGAUCUGCUUACUUUCCAGUCAAGGAUGUUAUCGAUGGUGAUCUCUGCGAGCAGUUUCCGGCCCUUCCACCUGAUUUGCAGAGGAAAAUUGCGGAUGAACUGGACCGGACUCCAGGCGAAAUUUUGAAGAAACUAGAAGACAUCAGAAAUAAGAUUAUCUGAGGCUUUUGCCCCAAAUGAAGUGGAAACUGGGGAGGUGCCAAGUGAACAUUAUUUAGUUCUGACUACAGAGCGCUUGUUUGCUUGCUUUCCUGCUCACGCUAAUGUGAAUGAUUUUAGGGUUUUGAUCACCUUGUACGCAACGACACAACAGAGUAUGGUACUGUAGGUGUGCUGCUCGUGAUAGUUCAUUGGAACGAGUUGUUAUGACGUUGCUUAGGUUUUAUGUCUCGCCGCCUCUUUAAGGCGGCGGCUGUGAUUGCUGUGCAUCAUGGUUUCAUUUGAUGUAUCUUUUAACCUUUUGUUUUUACCGCGGGAUUUUGCUUGCUGUUUCCAGUCACUGACUCAAAAAUUUCUGUAGUGUGUUCAGGAGAAAAUAUUGCCUACGUCCGGUGUCUUGCACCAUAUUAGUGGAUAUCAAGCUCAAUUUCGUUGGAUGUAUUCACGACAUUUACAAGAUCUAUAAUUAGAAUUCAUGAGAAUUAAACACC